GAGGAGCAAAUCGAGGCCGCUGGAUUCCAGGUCGCAUUUCUCUUGUCUGUUUGGAUCCGCUUCCUCAUCACGGGCUUUCUUCCUGGCAGCAAGAAAGGAGCUCGGGCGCUGGUCCUGGGUGACUUGUCGUAUUUGGGCACCUUUCUGCUGCUGUCGGUGGUCAUCUUCGGCGUAGCCAUGUUCAAGCUCCGGCCGUUGGCUGGCCAGACGGACAGGAGGCCAGCAAUGAGACGCUUCUUCCGGCUCCUCACCGAGACCAGCGCGAUGACGAUGGGCUGGCUCCUGAUGUUCUGGGUACAAUGGGCUUGGUGGUAUUCUCUGCAAAGCGCGGACGGCAGUCACAAUGCAGGCAGGCAUUCGGCGUUGAUGUGCCAGGCAGUUACAUCGGCGAUCAUGGUGUACUGCGGCAUGGUGGUGCUCUUCUUCCUCGCCAAGAGAGCCGGCAAGAACGCCUCGGACUUCCCCGAGCUGACCAAUGCUUGGGUACUGCAGACAGGCUUUUGCUGGGAAGUGGCGAUCUACGAAGGUCUCAUUGAUGCACAUUCGGCUACCUACAGCACUCCACUGGCCAGGCGGAUGGCCGCCAUUGCAUGCAUCCUUCUGAUCUUGAUUGCGAUCUUGCCAGCGUGGUACUGGUACAUCAUCCCCCGAGCCAUGGAGAAGGCAGACGGCAAGUCUGGCGAUGCUGCCGGUUCUAAGGCGGAGGGGGCGGAUGCAGAGAAGCCGGAUGGAAAGAAGGACGCCGGGGCCGAGGAGGCACCCACCAAGCUCAAAGAGGCAUCCAAGGAGGAGCCGACCCCUUCGCCCCCCGCGGAGUCUGCAGAGGAGCCAAAGCCAAAGCCUGAAGACGAGGACUUCUGA